UAUCGCCUCAGUCAACCAUGGGUCUCCCUGGGACGCAGAUGUGGACAUGGACUCUUUGUGUUUUCCUCAGCUGGAUGUGUGUGGGUCGAGCCGUGGCAGGACCGCAGUACAUGGUGGCCAUUCCUGCCGUUCUUCAGGCCGGGGCUGAGACCAAAUUCUGUGCCAGUCUCCUUCAGCCCAACGAGACUCUGGUCAUGACCAUCACUCUGAAGUCCUCAGAGAGGAAUACGACCCUCCUCACCAAGACGUCCAGCACAGAGUUCCAUAGCUGCACUCAGUUUGUGGUGCCUUUAGCGAAGAAUGAAGAUGUGCAGCAUUUUGAGGUGGAGGUUCGAGGCAACACUUUUUACUCAAAAGAAUUCCGGAAGGUCUUGAUCAGAGUCUAUAACCCAAGAACAUUCGUCCAAACGGACAAACCGAUCUACCUCCCUGGACAAACAGUGCAUUUCAGAGUCAUCACACUGGAUUCCAAGUUCAGACCUGCCAAUGGCCUGUAUGAUAUCAUCGAAAUUGAGGAUGCUAACAACAACCGAAUCGGACAGUGGCUGAAUGAAACGUCCAAUAGUAAGAUAUUGCAGCGUUCAUACGCCUUGAGCUCUGAGGCCCGUGAAGGGAACUACCAAGUUAUUGUGACGAUCGGAUUGGAAAAAAUACAUCACAGCUUCAAAGUAGAGAAAUAUGUCUUGCCUAAGUUUGACGUGAAGAUAAAUUCAUCCGCUGAAGUGAGUAUCGUCCAGGAGGAAAUCAAGGUGGAAGUAUGUGCAACGUACACGUUCGGACAGCCGGUUCCAGGGAGUGUAGAAGUAGAGAUGGGCCGACCCCUUAGUUACUAUUUCCAAUCCCCUCGACUCGCCCCCGACGAUCCGCUGGGCCUCCCCAUUAUAAUCGCACCAAGCCACAAGGAGACAAAGCAGACGGACAAAGGAGGCUGUGCCACAUUUAUCUUCUCCAUGUCAACCUUCACAAAACUUGAUCAAAAAGCGCUGAAAGAUGAAUUGCAUGUUCUGGCCAAAGUGGAAGAGGAGGGCACCGGUAUUUCACGCAGACAAGAGGAGAGACUAACGAUUUCAUACGUUGUCGGAAAGCUUUCCUUCACCGACGCGCCCAAGAUUCAUGAUGAAGGGUCAAACUUGGCGGGAAAAGUUCAAGCGGUCUAUUACAAUGACACACCCAUUCCUGACAUGAGGUUGCACCUGUUUGAGGGGGAAAGGUGGUCCGCACGCCUGCUGCAGAACCUCACAACCAACAGCGAUGGUGUCGCUAUGUUCUCAUUCAGCACAGCAGGACUUGAAAGAGACAUCAAGCUACAUGUUACCGACUUGCUGAGUGUUGGCUACCCCGGUUACAGAACACCGUACUAUAAGGUUGCAGAUCACACCGUGUUGUUGGCCCGACCUUCAACUCCUCACACUAAAACCUCCAGCUCCCUGGAGGUGAAGAAGAAGAAUAACCCACUUCCAUGUGAGCAAGAAGAAGACUUCUCCAUCCAGUACACUGUGGUAGGAGAAGCCCAGGGCUCUGUGGAUGUGAUGUAUCUGGUCUUAGCCCGAGGAGUCAUCGUCGCUCAGGGGGUUAAACAGGUCAAAGUGCAAGACAAAUCAGUGAAUGAGGGCGAGGUCUCCUUCAAGUUGACGGUGUCUACGGACAUGGCACCACACAUCCAGGUCCUGGCCUACGCCGUCCUGCCCAGUGAGACCGUGAUCGCCAACAGCGCCGACUUCUCUGUGGAGAAAUGCUUCAGUAACAAGGUGUCCCUCGAGUUUUCUCCGUCCUCGGCUGUCCCAGGAGAGGAGACCGUCCUGCAGGUGACGGCCCAGCCGGACUCCCUGUGUGGCGUGAGCGCCGUCGACCAGAGCGUCCUCAUCAAGGAGCCGGGGAAAACUCUGGAGGCAGAGAAGAUUUUUGACCUGUUGCCCGUCAGAAAAAUAUACCACAUUCCAUAUAUGGUGGAAGACUCUGUCCAAUGUUUGCGCGUGAGACCAAGAAGAUACGUUUUGCCGUUCCCCAGUGAGCCGACAGAGGACGCUCACACCGUCUUCAAGAAUGUGGGAAUGAAGAUGGCAACAAACCUGCUAAUCCGAGUGCCUUCGUGCCUCAUGUACAAAGGAAGAGAAUACAGCCAUGGCCACCAUGGUCACUAUGGUAUUAGUUACAGGUAUAAUUCUGUUCCUGGCUUAGCCAUGGCCCCACCUGUAAUGAUGGACUCAAUGAGUGCGGAAAGUGUUAGUAGUUCACCAAUAGAGACAGUCCGCACUUUCUUCCCUGAGACCUGGAUAUGGGACCUGGUGGAAGUGGGAGACUCUGGAACAAAGGAUGUGUCCCUCACCGUCCCAGACACCAUCACCACCUGGGAGACGGAGGCCUUCUGUCUGUCCCCUCAGGGAUUCGGCCUGGCCCCCCGUAAAGAGAUCACCGUCUUCCAGCCCUUCUUCCUGGAGCUCAGCUUGCCCUACUCCAUCAUCCGGGGGGAGCACUUUGAACUGAAGGCGACCGUCUUCAACUACUUGACAAGCUGCAUCAUGGUCAACGUGGCUCCGACCCCGUCCUUAGAAUACACCCUCACCCCCCUCUCAGGUGACCGGUACACUUUCUGUUUGUGUGGCAGUGAGCGCAAGACCGUCAGCUGGACCAUGGCCCCCUCAGCUCUAGGCGUUGUGAACGUGUCGGUGUCGGCCGAGGCCGUGGCGUCACACGCUUCAUGUGACAACGAGAUUGUGAGUGUUCCAGAGAGGGGUCGCAUCGACGUGGUCACACGAUCCCUCAUCGUGAAGGCGGAAGGAGUCGAGACCUCAGAGACCCACAACUGGCUGCUCUGCCCCAAAGGAGAGACUUUGACAGAGGAAGUAGACCCACAGCUCCCCGAGAACGUGAUUGUUGGAUCGGCCCAUGCUUCAGUAUCCGUCCUUGGUGACAUUCUGGGCCGAGCCUUGAACAACCUGGACGGGCUUCUGCAGAUGCCAUACGGAUGUGGGGAGCAGAACAUGGCGCUCCUCGCCCCCAACAUCUACAUCCUGCAGUACCUGACAAACACACAGCAGCUGACCCAAGCCAUCAAGGACAAGGCCACCAACUUCCUGACCAGCGGCUACCAGAGACAGCUGAACUACAAGCAUGAAGACGGCGCCUAUAGCACCUUUGGAUCAGGACCGGGGAACACAUGGCUGACCGCUUUUGUGGUGCGGUCGUUUGCCAAAGCCCAGUCAUUUGUCUUCAUUGACUCGCAGAAGAUCGAAGAGUCGAUAACUUGGCUGAAAAACAAACAAAAAGAGAACGGCUGUUUCCAAAAGUCAGGAAAUCUGUUCAACAAUAGGAUGAAGGGCGGCGUCUCUGAUGAAGUGACCCUGACUGCUUACAUCACCGCUGCUUUCCUGGAGAUGAAUACGUCCGUUGAAGAUCCCGAAGUGAAGAAGAGCCUGUCUUGCCUUAAAGAGUCUGUGGGAAACCUCAGCAACACGCACACCACGGCUCUGCUGGCAUACGUCUUCACCCUUGCAGGAGACAUGGAGGCCCGAGCUCAGCUCCUUAACCGCCUGGACUUGGUCUCAACACAACAAGGAGGGUUCCUCCACUGGUCUCAGACAGCAGCAGAUACGUCGGCCUCUCUGUCCGUGGAGAUCAGCUCCUACGUUCUGCUGGCUAAACUCGGGUCCUCGCCGACCGCUGAAGACCUGGGCUAUGCCACCCGCAUCGUCAGGUGGCUGACGACCCAGCAGAACCACUACGGAGGCUUCUCCUCCACACAGGACACGGUGGUGGCUCUUCAGGCUCUGGCUCUCUACUCCACUCUGGUGUUCAGCCCCGGAGGUUCGAGCACGGUGACGGUCCGCUCCCCCAGUGGCCAGCUCACGUUUGACGUGAACCAGAAGAACAAACUGCUCUACCAGGAGAAGCUGCUGCAGGAGACGACAGGGACGUUCGGCCUGGAGGUGAAGGGUGAUGCCUGUGCUGUGAUCCAGAUUUCUCUUCAAUAUAACGUCCCGACUCCGUCUGUUGUUGCCACUCUCGAUGUCGAGGUCACACCAAAGGUCGACUGCACCAGCAGAAGACAUGGACUUUCUCUGAUGAUCAAGGUCCUGUAUACAGGAGCAGAGGCCAGUACAAACAUGGUGAUCCUGGAUAUUAAGAUGCUCUCUGGGUUUGCCCCAGAUCCGGAGUCGUUGAAAAGUCUCAAAGGCGCCGUGCUGGUUGAUCGAGUAGAACAAACCGGGGAUCACGUUCUGGUCUACAUAUCGGAGUUAGAGAAGAACAUACCCAUCAAUUAUACCUUAGACCUCAUUCAGGUGCUCCAGGUGCAGAACCUGAAGCCGGCCGUGGUCAAGAUCUACGACUACUACCAGCCAAGUGACCAGGAUGACGCAGAAUACAUCUACGCUUGUGCCACAGCUUGAUGAGGGAUGUACUAUGAGUCCUCCAGAGGGCACUGAUACCAGUAAUCGAUACAAGUUGUGUUCUUUAACGUCAUGUCUACUAACCCUCAACGCAUAUAUUUCAAUAUUCUGGCACAUUCCUUUGUAGCUGUGUAUCUACCGUAUUAAAUGAAAUGUAUGCACUAUGGACAAUAAAGUCAUGUGAUGAGAA